AGAGGCAACGAAUUAAUCAUAAAAGAAUGCUCGAGGACGUAGUCAAACGAUACAGGAAAAAUAUAGUUGCUAUUAAUGAAAUCGACGAAAAAUGUAACGAAGAUAUCACAAACACAACUAUCAAAUAUGAGAAGAAACAAUUUACUUUAUAUAAAGCAUGGGAAUCCGAACAAAAUGAAAUACGAUUAGCGUUGGAGAAUGUCAUAGAUGAUUUUGAAUCUUUAAAAGAUAUAAAUACGAAAUUACAACAAACUAUCCGUAAACGCAGAUUGACAAUUGAAUCAAAAUUAUUGGCAGUAAUAGCUAAAUAUGACAUAGAAAUUGGCAGUAGAUAUCAAAUAUUGGAAGAACUCAGUGAAGCAUAUGAAUACGAUAAGCUGGAGAAAUAUACGUUGGAGGAAGAGAUGAAACGACAAGAAAUAUACCUUGUUUCUGCCAAAGAAAAAGAAAAGAUGAGAAUGAUAAAUUUCUGUGAACAUUUAUCUACGUUUAAUACAGAAUAAAAACAUUCUGCACGGAUUAUCUCCAACAUUGGUUCGAAAAAUUUUGUGGAAUAGAGGAGCGAAACAAAUGGAAGAAAUAAGAAAAUAAUUCCUAAUGUAUUUUACAUUGCGUUAAACUGCAUUUUACAUAGAAUUUGCUUAUAGCUUCUCACUGCAAUCAUAUUGAAAUUAUUAUAUAAACCCUCAAAAUCAUAUAAAUCUUUUUUGUGCAAGAUACAUCGAAAUAGCUUUUUUGUAUGUUAUUACCCACGCACGCCUUCAAUAAAGUAUAUAGAUUGACAACAUAUUUAACAAAGAUAUUCUUUUCCAAGGUGAUAAAGGUUUAUAGAUUAAUAAUAAAAUUGUAAUAUUCUUGAUCAACUUUUUAUUUUCGCUGCAAAUAAUAUAGAAUAUACAUACAGAUUGGAGUUGCAUUUAAGUCAUUUGAACGUGCCUUUAAAAUAGAGUUUUUGAUUUAUUUUCCAAAUUCAUAUUUAUCAAAUAUUUUACAAGAAAAAGAUUAGCAGAAUUUUUCACUUUUAAAAUCAUAAUUCAAUAUGACUGCAAUGAGAAAAGAAGAAUCUUAAAUGACUUGUCAUUGAUUCAAUUUUAUGUAUCAUGUAUCCACUGUAUGUAUAUACGUAUAUAUACACUGAUAAAUAAUUACAUAUAUAUUUUUAACGAAAUUAUGUAAACAUUUGAAAUAACUUUAUUUAUUAAUAAAAUCUUUUAUUUUGUUAUUUUUUUUUUAAAUUCAAAUCUUUAAUUCUAGUUAUACUCCAAAUCAAAAGAAAGAAGCGCGCAAGCACAUAAAAUACAAAAUAUAUAUUAUUUUGUUCAAUAGUUUAAUCUAAUUUAUUUACAGUUUUUUGUGUUGUACACAAUGUUAACUUUACAAUAAUUCACUGUUUCUUUUAAGUACAACAUAAUCAGUUGUAAUAAUUAUGCUUUCGUAUGUAUAUCCAAUCAUGUGAACAUGGUAUAUUUCUGGAACAUUAAAUAUAUAUAAGUACUUUAUAUGUAUAUAAUAAACAUAAUUACAUACAUCUAUAUAAUAUGCAGAAUAUUUGUUACGCGAGCGUCAUUAAAAAUAUUUAAAUAGGCAACUGAAUAAAUGCAUAUAAAUAUUUAACAUUAACUGCGCGUAUAGAUAUUUAACAUUAUGAAUUCUCUCAUAAUAUAGUGAAUACAUAUAUAAUAUUUUUACAUAUAUAUCCAUUGAUUAUCAUGUAAAUUUCGAAAAUCGUGAAAUGUAUGAAAGAGUUAAAUAUCUGUCUCGUGAUUUUUUGUUCGUUUAAAUUUUUUUUAAAGCUUUGCGUAACAAGUAUACAGAACGCAAAAAAAUAAAGAAUAAUCUCUCUGUGUUAGAUUCUUGUAUCUUACAAUUGUGAUGAUGCAAAGUGUAAUUGCACAUCGAUAAAAUAAUGAAAUAUAUUUGCAAGAAUUUAAACUAUCUACUUUUUUCUUUUUUAAUAAUCUCAAUGUAUAAUAAUUUAUUUUAUUUUGUUCCCCAAAAAAUUUUGCUUUGUUCUGCAUUUAUGAAAUCGAUAUAAAUAAGAUA